AUGCCCAGACCCAUAAUAAGUGUUUGGAAAAAUAACAAAACCUUUAUCGCAGCUGUGAUUUGCCUGAUAAUUGUGGCCAUCAGUGAAACAAGCGCUCAAAGAAAUCGCAACAUUACUCUAGAUCUAGGAAAACUAUUUCGUGUGGGACUACUGACAGGCCAGGGAGGGUCUAAACUGGGCCUCAAUGUACUGAACGGCUUGAGUAAUGUGGAGAUCGAUCGGCAAAAGUACCCGACAGUGGGCGGCGGCACAGGUGUUAGCCAUAGCAUCAAUGUUAAUCGACCCGUCACUCUACUGGGUGUGCAUCAAAAGAUCCGUGAUAAAAUUAGACAAGACGCCCAGGUGCUCGCCACCGUACUAGCUCCACCGAGACGUCCAUACAAGAAACUAGACGGAAUGACAAUAUUGAAGCUCGGUCAAGUGGUAAACCAGCGGAUGAGUUGUGUGGUAUAUUCGCGAUGUAAUGAGAUGGUAGAACAAUUGCUCAACAUUUACACCCGUGUAUCAAUUAUAGCCAUCAUGGGUUAA